AGAAAAUAAAGUUCUGCAAAGAGUUUCGCUGCCUUACUGUCUGUUCAUUAGUUUCUAGGUCCAUAGUUUGGUAGCAGCUGACAGAAGUGUCUGUCUUUGCUGCUUCCUGUAGCUGAAGCUAUGAUGUUUAUAUUAAGAUGGUUGCUGUUGUUCUUGCUAGCUGUCAAAAGUCAUCAAGAAAAUGAUCAAGAAUUAGCCCAUACGGAUGAUCAACUGGAUUUAAGCAUUUACUUUAAAAAUGAGACAUUGGGGACCAGUGGGAUACUUGAUAACUAUAAUUCAACCUUGAAUGAGAGUAACUACAGCACAACAGUAACAGUGGAUUAUCAGCCUGAAGCCGAAACACUGGCACAAAAUGGGUCUUUGCCAGAUCUCCAGUAUUCAUUAAGUAAUACUGAACCUCCACUAAAAGAAGUGGAGUCUGGUUUUCAGGUACAGGUGCUCCAACAGCAGCGUACCUUCUCAUCCAGGCAGUCACAGGAGCCCCAGGUGCCGCCACCUACCUCCCCACCCAGUGAGACUACAUGCCCAUCACAGGUGCUCUUGCAGGUGCCAAUGCCGCGUAGUCCUCCACUUUGGCAGCUGGAGGUACCACAGCAGCCCCGUUCUCCACUCAACCGGCUGGGGGUGCCUAAGGUGUCCCAGGUAUCCCCAGAGUUCUACUCUCCAUCUCAGCAGCUGUGGGUGCCAGAGGAGCCUGGUUCAUCACACCAGCGGCUGGAUUUAAUCCAAAUGCAUCAAUCCCCUCUCCAACAGCUACAAUUUGCAGAGGUGCACCAGCAGCCUAGAGCUGAACUCAAAUGGGCACAGGUGGCUCAGGCACCCCAGCAGCCUGGUUCGGCCCUAAAGUGGCAGCAGGUACCCCGGCCAAGUAUCCGGCUCCAGCAGCCGCAAAUGGCCCAGUGGCCACAACGGCCACCCUACCAGCUCCUGAUCCCUCGCUACCAGGCCAAGUACUCACAUUACCGGCCCAUGAUAUCCCGUUACCGGGAAAGGCUGCUAGGACACCGACCCAAGACUCCGCUCUUUCGAAUCAAGCAUCUUCGACACCCCCAGCAGAUCAGAUAUGCACGUUGGAAAUAAGUUUUUCAAGCAGACUCAUUAAAAUUAUGAUCCAAAUCUUUUUCUUUUUUUUUUCUCCCCUCAAAUUUUGUAAUCAAACUGUCUCCGCUAGGACGUUAUAAAAGUAGGCAGGGCAACAUCGGGGGACUUUUGUGUUUAACAUGAAUUUCUUUCCGGCGCAGCAGCUAAUAAGCAUGAGGCAGCAACACUAAGAGAAACAAUGGGGAAGGUUAUCUAAUGAAACCUCUCAGAUCAUCCAAGAGUUCAGAUGUUACUUUCCUGAACUCACGAUUUCUGUUUUAGGCACUGCAACAUUGAAACACUGUUCUGACCUUUCAAAGUAAAAUACAGCUACUGCUAUAAUUAUUUUUGCUAUACGUGUCUAUUUAUUUGUUGAAAAGCUCAAUAUCUAGUUUAGCGUUAAGCUAAACUAAAUCCCUAUAUUAUCCCCUAUAUUGUUACACCAUCUUUGACAAAGGCUGCCAGCAUAAUGUGUGCCCCAAAAGGGUUUUUGCAACAUUUCCAUUGAACGUAUCCAUAUCCAUUCCACAGCACAUCUACUCCAUUACACUCAGAAGGCUAAGAACUGC